AUGUCUGACCACCAUCACCACCACCACAACCACAACCACCAUCACCAUCAUCAUCAUCAUGGGACUGGGCCCUCCGCCACACAAGAGAACCAGGAAUAUUUCAAACCGGAAGCUAAUGCAGUCUGUAAUUAUAGCAAGCUGGCCGCUGAAUAUGACGCCAGGCACGAGAAGACGUUGAACAAACUGAUUGAGGAGAUCCGGGCGAGGGUCGAUUUCAUUGGCGUCGACUGGGCGGAUGAGGAGGACGAUGAGGAUGCCGGCGGCGGCGACGAUGUGGAGAAGAAGGGCGAAACGGCCCAGAGCCAGAGGAGCGUGAGGCUGUUGGAUUAUGCUUGUGGGACUGGUGUUGUAUCUAGGGCACUCGCCCCUUACACCACCCAAUGUGUUGGCAUCGAUCUGUCGGAGAACAUGGUUGCCGCUUACAACACCCGCGCCAAGAAUCAAGGCCUCGCCCCCUCUGAAAUGCACGCCUACCAAGGCAACCUCUGCGUCCCCGACGAGCCCAACCCAGCAGCGCUUGCCGCACCCGAAUUUUCGGAAUUUGAUAUCGCCGCCGUAGGCCUCGGUUUCCAUCAUUUUGACGACCCGUCCCUGGCGGCGCGCCGGCUGGCCGAGCGGCUGAAGACGGGAGGCGUGCUGAUGAUUCUGGAUUUCUUGCCGCAUGACAAGAUGGAUGAGUCGCACCCCGCGAUGUCGACGGUCACCCAUCAUGGCUUCUCGCACGAGCACAUCAGGCGUAUCUACGAGGAGGCAGGGGUGGACAAGGACUUUGGGAUUGAGGAGGUGGCGGUGGUGUUCCACUUUUCAAAAGAGGACGAUGCCGCGGUGAAGAGGAAGAUCUUUAUCGCGCGCGGUACCAAGUCUUGA